AUGAGUGGGAAAAUAAUCGGUGCCGGCGUUUCUCUCAUCCUUUGUGUGGGUGUGGUCAUUGGCGUGGUUGCUGUAGUUCAGAGCCCGAAGAACGAGACGAGCAGCACAGGACAAUUAAAAACCACGAACAGGGCCGUGACGGCGUUGUGCCAAAACUCAGAUGACCAACAAUUUUGCCACAGUGUGCUUUCCACCACAAACAGCUCAGACCCUAAGGAUUACAUUGCCACCGUUGUGAAAACCUCGAUGGACAGUGUCAUCAAAGCGUUCAACAUGAGCGACAGGCUCACAGUCGAACACGGCAACAGCAGCGCAGGAAUGAAGAUGGCUCUCGACGAUUGCAAGGACUUGUUGCAAUCCGCAAUCCACGAAUUGGAGGCUUCGGGUGUGUUGGUCCAAGAGAGCAACAUCGACGCCGUUAACAACCACAGCUCCGAAAUUAAGAACUGGCUAGGUGCUGUUGUUGCCUACCAGCAAUCGUGCCUCGACGGGUUCAACACGGACGGCGAGAAGAAGGUUCAGGAACAGUUACAGUCCGAUAGCUUGGACCAAGUUGGGAAGCUCACUGGCUUGGCACUUGAUAUCGUGUCGGGGAUUGCGAAGAUUCUUCAAUCCUUGGACUUGAACUUGGCUCUGAAACCCGCCUCUCGUCGCCUUCUCGAGAUUGAUCAAGAGGGAUACCCCACUUGGUUCUCCGCUGCUGAUCGCAAGCUCUUGAAUAACAUUGAUAACGGUGGAGUUAUACCCCAUGCUACAGUGGCUAAGGAUGGCAGUGGCCAAUUCACUACCAUUUUGGACGCUAUCAACUCCUAUCCCAAGAAACACCAAGGUAGAUUCAUCAUCUACGUCAAGGCUGGUGUCUAUGAUGAGUACAUCCUUGUUGACAAGAAGAAGGUUAACCUUCUUAUAUAUGGCGAUGGCCCCACCAAGACCAUCAUAACCGGACGCAAAAACUACGCCGAGGGUACCAAGACCAUGAGAACCGCUACCUUCUCCACCGUUGCUGAAGAUUUCAUGGCGAAGUCUAUUGCAUUCGAGAACACCGCCGGAGCAGAAGGACACCAAGCAGUGGCUCUUCGCGUGCAGGGUGAUCGUUCAGUGUUUUUUGAUUGUGCAAUGCGUGGUUACCAAGAUACAUUGUACGUACACGCCCACCGUCAGUUCUACCGUAACUGCGAAAUUUCUGGAACAAUCGACUUCAUCUUCGGCUACGCUACCACCUUGAUCCAGAACUCGAAGAUCUUGGUGAGGAAGCCAGGCGUGAACCAACAGAACAUAGUGGUGGCAGAUGGAACACAGCAGAAGAACAUGCCCACAGGAAUUGUCCUCCAGAACUGUGAGAUCAUGCCCGACCCUUCACUGGCCGCUGAUCGCUUGACCGUGAAGACAUACCUUGCCAGGCCAUGGAAGGCAUUCUCCAGGGCAGUGUUCAUUGAGAAUGUGAUCGGUGACUUGAUCCAGCCAGUGGGAUACAUUCCUUGGAACGAUCUUGAGCCCAACACCCAGGACUGUUACUUCGCUGAGUACGGCAACAGUGGACCAGGUUCCGUUGCUACAUCAAGGGCACCCUUUGCAAAAGGUAUCAUCAGCAGGGAAGAGGCUGCCAAAUACACUGCUGAGCCCUGGCUCCAAGCUAGCGCCUGGUUGCCUGCCGCUUCCGUUCCUUUUGACUCCAGCUUUACCAAAGCUUAA